AUGUUCGGACCAAGGUUGCUUGAGGUUGUCCAACAAGCGAAUCAAUUAAAGGGCAGCCCGUUGACCUCUAAAGGCCGUCAAACAAAUCAAUUGGCCGCCACUCCAAAAGACAAUGCAGUACGAAAUGAAACACGAAACAAAUUCGUUAUUAUUGCCGUUGCCUUCUUGGCCUGUGCCUUUGCUGAUGUCUCGGAAUUGGGUGCCCCUGGUUAUGAUUAUGCCGCUCCAGCUGCUGCUGCUCCCGUAGAAACCUAUGUGCCACCAGCACCUGCCCCAGCCCCAGUUGAGACUUACAUUCCUCCCGCACCACCAGCACCCGCAUACAUUCCCCCCGCCCCCGUUCAAGCCGAGGAGUCUGUUGUCGAGGAGAUUGAGCAACCCGCUGAGGAUGGUUAUCGUUACAAGACUGUCCGUCGUCGGGUUUUCCGUCACCGUGCCUAA